AUGGUGAAUAAGAAGAAAUCUUACUCCAAGGGGUCUGCUAACAGCGAGCUAAAUCCGCACCUGAAGCAACCUUACAUAAGCGGAUCAGAGAAAUCACUUGGGGACUCACUGAUUAAAUAUAAUCAGCCUGAAUUGUUCAUUUCUCAUCCAUGGGAACCACAUUAUAUCCUUUCUAAGGUGGAUGAGGAGGUUAGUCACACCAUUAUACACUUCUUAUGUACUGGUAAUUAUAAAACUCUCCGGACUGCAUCCAAGCCAGCCAGAAAAUAUGAUUUAUAUGGCCUACAGACGUACGCGAAGAAGUACAUCAAGAUAUUCAGCAAGUUAAUAUCCAUCUUUGAUAGAAUGGAGGCUGCAAGAGAGACAUAUUCUAAACUUCCCCAGGAUAAGACUUGGCUUGCCAGCUACAUUAAUAAACAACUUCAAGUUACAUUCUCACUGGACACAAACAUCUUUAAGCGCGAAGAAUUCUAUGACAGUAUUGGGAGAGAGCCUUAUUUUAACAAAGCUGUGAUAAGAAUGGCCACUGAGACUAUCCCUGCGGAAGGUGUUGCUGAGGAUGGUGCUGUAGAGGAUAGUGCUAUAGAGGAUGGCGCUAUGGAGGAUAGUACUGUGGAGGAUGGUGCUAUAGAGGAUGGUGUAGCGGAAGAGUGUGGUGCUGUAGAGGAUGAUGCUGUGGAAGAGGGUGCUACACAAGAGAGCACUGGAGACAAGGGCACUAUAGAAGACGCCAUUAACCUUAAGAUUCCUACUAAGCCUGCAGGUACCACACUUAGCUUUAAAUAGGGCAAGAAGUAUAUUUUAUAUAGCAAACUAGAGUUUCUUCCUCUUCAUGCAGGUAAUAGGGGUAUGGGGAAAGAUACUAACUUCUAGCCUUUGAAGAAUAAAGCUCAGGAGUCAGUCGGAUUCAGUUCUCCUUAUGAAGAAAUCAAAUAUGAGAAAAAAG